AUGGGGGCUGCCGUCCAGUGCCUGCGAGCCCCCAGGGGCGCAGAGGCGGGCACACGGGCCGCGCUGCCCGCAGCAGGCCGAGGCGCCUGGCCCCAGGUUGGCUCCCAGCUGGCGAAGGAGCCGCCCGGACUCACCCGCUGCUUUUGCCGCGCGGACACGAUCCCGGGAAGUAGGGGCAGCCCGGGGCUGGCCACGGACUGUCUAAGGCAGAGCCGCGUCCGGACCCGCCCCGGGCCCUGCCGAGCCACCGCCCCCAGGGCGGGCCCGCAGCGCCGCGCACACCCGCCCCCUGGCCCUCAGCCCGUCCCGCCAUCAAGAGGCCAGAGUUUCACACAUGGAGUUGCUUUCCUUGUUCACUGUUUUACUGCACUGACAGAGAAGUUUAGCAUGGACACCAGUCUGGACCGUGGUGCUGACCAGCUAACGCAGACCCUCAAUCAUUACGUAGGAGAUAUUGUAGAACAGGUGCUGAUUUACGGAGGCGAUAUCUUGAACUUUGCAGGGGACGCACUGCUAGCACUGUGGCAAGUGCAACGAAGCCAGCUGAGCGAUAUCGUUACCCUGGCGCUGAAAUGUAGCCUGAGGAUCCAGGAAGAGUAUGGGGUUCGUGAGACUGAAGUGGGUCUGGAGCUCCGAGUGAAGAUAGGGCUAUCUGCAGGUCACAUCUCCAAAGUUGUUGUGGGAGACAAUAAGCACCAAUAUUUUCUGGUAAUUGGCCGAGCAGUGGAUGAAGUUCGGUUGGCCCAAAACCUAGCAAAAGCAAGUGAGGUUAUUCUAUCGCCGAACUGCUGGGAACUCUGUAACAGGAGCAUGAUAGAAAUAGAAAGAAUUAAAGAUCAAAGAGCUGUUAAGGCUAGAUACAUAAAGAACAUCUCUGAGACUGAGUUUGACGAGUUCUUCUGGAAAUGUACUGAAUACCUACAGAACUACCCCACUGGUGAAAGUAACAGUAUCCUCAGAGAAACCUCCACAUUGUCUCCUAAUGAUGAGCUGGAGAAGUCCCUCCGGAAGUUUGUGAUGAGAAACAUUCUGAAGAAGAUUGAUGACAACCAACCUCUGGAAUAUUUAUCUGAGCUUCGGCCAGUCACAAUUGUCUUUGUAAACCUGCAGUUUGAUGAAAGCGCCAAUACCUUGCAUCUGUGCCAGGCUAUCCAAAAUGCCAACAUGAAGAUCUCAGACACCAUCCACGUCUUCAGUGGCAAAAUCAACAAAGUCUUUAUGUUUGACAAAGGCUGCACGUUCCUGUGUGUGUUCGGGCUCCCUGGGGAUAAGCAGGCUGACGAGAGCACCCACGCCUUGGACAGUGCAUUUAAAAUCUUCAACUUCUGUUCUGAGAAGCUCAUGAAAAUAAAGCUAGUUUCCAUCGGAGUAACCAGCGGGCCAGUGUUCUGUGGAGUAGUUGGCCAUCGUGUAAGGCAUGAAUACACAGUCAUUGGCCAGAAGGUGAAUCUUGCUGCCCGGAUGAUGAUGUAUUAUCCAGGGUUAGUGUCCUGUGAUGCAGUGACCUACGCCAACUCCAGGCUGCCUCAUUACUUCUUCGAAGAGCUCCCCCAGACUGAGAUGAAAGGAGUUGUGAAUCCCGGCGUGGUUUAUCAUUAUCUUGGCAUCAGUGAGAAAACAAUGAUUGGCAAAGCGUAUCUCACCAAGGAGAGGUCUGAGUAUUACCCCUUACUGGGUCGGGAAAAAGAGCUCGAAAUCUAUGACACUUUAUUGAAAGGAUUUGUGGGGUCUACGGAAGGCCGUAUCAUAAUGUAUGAAGGCCUUAUGGGCUAUGGAAAAAGCCAGUUACUUGCUGAAAUUGCCUACUUAGGCCAGAAGGCUGGCCACAGGGUUGUUGCUAUGGAGCUGACAAAGGUAAAUGUGCAGCAGAAUUUUUUUGCCAUCCGGACACUCAUGGCCAUGUUUCUGGGGAUUGAUGCCUGUAAAUCUUACGAUGCAAGACAGCACAUCCUCCAAGGCAAACUCCGAGGUGUGGUAGAACAGACCUACUAUUGCCUCCUGAAUAACAUCUUUCUUGUUAAGUUUCCCACCUCUGCCGAGGUUUCCAAAAUGGACAAUGAAACAAGGACAAAGGAGAUGGAACUAUUUCUUGUGAAAAUACUACAGAAGGCAGUGGAGAAAGACAUUCUCAUUUUUGUCAUUGAUGAAGCCCACUUCAUUGAUCCUGCCUCAUGGGAAUUUCUGGACAACUUGCUCUCCAGCAUCCCAGUGUUUAUGGUCAUGUCUCUAGCUCCUUUCAGCUGCCAAGCACGGCUGCCUUGUGUCUCUGCUGCAAGCAUCAUUAACAAUGCAAAAACCAUCUACGUUCAGCUGCAGGAGCUAAAGCCCUCUGUGAUCCUGCAAAAAGCCUGCCAGGACCUUGGGGUGGUCAGCAUCCCCCGGGAGCUAGAAACGUUCUUGAUACAGAGAAGCCAUGGCAUCCCAUUUUACUGCGAGGAGCUGCUGCGGAACCUCCAUUUAAACAACAUGCUCAUCUUCCAUCUGUGGGAGGAGGAGGAGGAAGUAGAUGAUGAGUGGGAGAUCCUUUUCACCAAUGCAAUCAAGGUCAUCCCCUCCAAAACAGAAUCACUUUCCAGCUUAGACAAUGACUUGUACAUUUGCACCAUUCGCCAGAACGUUAAGUUGCAAAAUAUUAUGCUGCCCCCUACGUUAAAAGGCAUUGCACUGGCUGAGUUAGACAACAUGAGCCCUUCGGAGCAGAUGGUAGUGAAGUGUGCGGCUAUCAUCGGGCUGACUUUCACGACUGAGCUGCUGCUCCACAUCCUUCCUGAAUGGACCAAGAGGAAGAUGAACCAGACGCUUGCAACCCUGGUGGAUUCCCACAUCUUCAAGUGUUUUAAUAAAAGAAAGGACUCCCAGAAUGCACAAUCACAGGAUAUGCCCUCCAUAGAGUUACUUGUUUGCCGAGGGAUGGUCAGAUCAACUGGACAAGAGUCAGAUAUCCGCUCUUCUGUUUAUAACCGAAUCAAGCAAGAGCAGCUGGUGAUGCAAUGCAGCAUCAUGGCGUUCUGCACACCGCUGCUGCAGGAAGCGGCCUAUGAGGUCUGGCUGAAGAGCCAGAAGAAAGCCUUACAUCUCAAGUGCGUGAGCUAUCUAGAAGGGCAGGCUCACAAAUGCAGACGCUGCGGAGAAGGGGACUUCAUUUCAUUUCACCGCCACACCGUGGAGAUGAUUCUGGUGAACACUGAGUCUCAGGAAGACAUUUCUGAGCAGCACAAGGAAUACCCAUUCAGUGAAGCAGCCUCACUGAUCAUUAAUACAACCCUGAAAAAUCUUCAGGCACCCUCAUUUGAAGGGAUGGAGCGAAAAGCUGUGACAGCUGAGGCUUCCCUAGCCACUAUAUGCUCCCCUGAAAGUGUCCAGAGGACAAGUGAAGGUGCACCCUUGACUAGGAUCUCUGUGUCCAGACAACCAUCUCCUGAAAUUUUCCAGAUCCCCAAUGCCGACAUCACUACUUCUACUGUCUCCAAGAAGUUAGAGUCAUUACUUCCACAAGACACUGAGAAAGAGACUCUAAAGGCACUAAAGAAACACAAGAUGUUGCCAGAGGAAAAUCUUAAAGCUGAAGAGAUAGAGAAGGAGUUUCUGGAGAGGCUGGACGAGAUCAUUCAGCAUUCCGACAGGGACCAGGAGAAGAUCAGGCGCUUGGGAUCCUGCAAAUGUGAAGAGAUCGUGGAGUCUGUCUUUGUGCCCCUGGCCCGGCACUGCAUGGCGAUGGGCGAAUACGCCAGAGCCUUGUAUUACUUGUUGGAGUGUGCAGCGGCUUACUUACAUCUGUCAAACAACUACAUGGCCUUUUGCAAUUUGAAUACAGCAGAGAAUCUGAUCAAAUCGGUGGACUUCAGAGCGACUGUAAUUAACCAGUUUGAGGAAGCUACCUUCUACAGCCUGAAGGGUGAGGUCUGUUAUAACAUGGGCCAAAUGAAUUUGGCAAAGAAAUUUAUCAGGAAGGCUUUGAUUUUAUUAAACAGAAGAUUCCCGUUUACCUUGAUUGGAGUCUUUUUUAAGACUCUGGUGGAAGUGUCAAAGCACGCGUCUCACCAGAAGAAGCAGCAAUUCUUGUAUAGUCGCAGUAAAGGGGAGAAGAAAUUAGCUUUCCUGUACCAGCAGGGCCACUGCCUUUCCUUAUUGUGGCAACUCUUCAGCCUGGACACUGCUACAAACAGCAAGAAGUUCUGUCGUCUGGCAGCGCUCAUGAAGGUGAACUCAGCAGAGGAAUCGGAGGAUGAGAGCCAGAUCAUUUCGUCCUAUACGGAAUUCUCACUCUGCUGCCAGAUGAUGGGUUACCAAGAUGAAUGGAUGAAAUAUGAGCUGAUGGCCAUCCAGCGUAGCUCUCACCUCCAGGUUAUUGGAGGAGGGCUAUUAACAACAGUUAAAUUAGCACAGUCAUUGGCCUAUAUGAAGCUCUGCUUGGGUAACCUGCCCCUAUCUAUUCAAUUAGGCUAUCGAGCCCAUGAAAUGUGUGUGCGUCUGAAGAAACCCAAGCUAGACUAUCUGGUUCUCUGCAUGCUCUUCAAAGCUCUCUUUCUGAGCAUCAGGUACCAAGAUUGUGUGCGAGUGCUGAGUUGGAUGGAGGAGUUGGUCGUUAAGGAGGAGAGAAUCAUUGGGAUGGCUUAUUUCUUUUCUUACUGUUUAGAACUCUUGCUUUAUGCUGGAUUUUCAUUUAAGUCAUUUAAAGAGUGCCUGGAAUUCAUACAGCGCAAUGAAAAAAACUGCAUCCUUAUGUCUCAGAACAGCAUCAUGCUGGGGCUGUAUUCAUCCCUGGCUAUUUGGUUUGCCAGACUUCAUCAGUGGGGAAACUUCAAGGAGCCUUUUGAAAAGGCCAGAAGGUUGCUGAGGAGAACUAGCGCCUCAUUCUUUGCUAUCAGUGGAUUCUGUAGAUUCUUGGAGUGUGAGGUCCUUGUGCUACGGAAACACAUUGAGGAAAAGCCUGAAAGUGUCCGGGACACUCGUACUAAGACGCUAAAGGACUUGGACCAGGUUCUCUCUCGAUGCUCCACAAGCCCUAUCUAUUACCCUAGGGUUUACCACCUGAAAGCCUAUACCUUCCUGGUGUUGGGCAAUGAAGAACAGAGCCAAAUCUACCUAUCCAAAGCAUUCAAACUCUGUGACAUAUAUGGAAACCUCCUGGAGAAAUCCUGGCUGGAGAUCAGCAAUGAGUGGUGGUUCACUGGAAAAGACCCCAUGGAAGACUUAUGGCUGAAGGCCGCGCCAGAUUUUCCCAAGUGGGAAAUAGGAAUGACAGAGAAAGACUUUCCAGAGAUCCAUAAAACCAAGUACUUGCUGCGGGUGCCAGUGUUGGAUAUUAAUAAUCCUUUCCCAGAACCUGAGAUCCCCAAUGUCUGAGCUGCAUGUAGUUCUGAAAUGACCUACCCACCUGGAGCACUUUGUAAGCCUUUCUAGCCAGCACUCCCCAAAUUUGUAAGCAUUUAUGAUAUUCCUAUGCUGCACAUAACAACGCCUGCUCUCUGCAAAGCCCUCUGUAUUUGUUCAUCUCUUCCUUUGGUAAAUAUAGGUUCUAAUGUCUCACUGUGGCUUGCUUAGACCAUUUUUACUCACCGUUAAUUAAACUCUGCAAUAGCUCUUUUAUUAUAGUAAUUUAUUCCUUUAUAAUCUGGAACAGAGUCUCAUGCUAUUCUGAAAAAGGAAAGUCUAAUUUAAUUUUUUUUAAACAUUCACGACUAAAAUGCACUUUCUUCAACAAAGUCACUACAACUCU